AUGCAUCUUCCUGAAGUCCUGGCUCUGCUGCAGCAUCAGGGCUUUAUCAACUUCUUGGAAUGUAAUUCCAAAUACAGUGAAGACCUUGUUCGCGUGUUCUAUGCCGGCCUUCAUGACAACUUUCACGGGCACAAGUUUCACUCUAGAAUUGGUCCGACAAAGGUACCGCUUAAAUCAAAUAUCUGGAACCAAUAUUUUGAUAUGUCUGUUGAUGAUGAUGGAAACCCUCUACCUGAGGUCACUGCCACUCACCACGUAGCUGGCUAUGAGUUUAAAAAUGCAUUGAAUGACAUGCUGAGACGACCCUAUACUGAUCAGUUUGUGAACAGUGACGCGUUUCCACGAACUGUCACUGCCGAUGAUGAUAGUGACGAAAGCGAAGACCAAGAAGAUGAAGAAGAAAAUGAAGAAGAAGAAGUCAGGCACGAUGUAGAUUACAAUGGUGGAGAUGAUGAUCCUCCACCCGUUGACACUCAAGACUACUCGGACUCCGCUUGGGCUCAGCAGUCGCAUUCAAAUGAAGAAGAUGCUCCACGCUGGGGUGGCUGGGAGUUUGAAGGUGACUCUGAUGAUGAAGAAGAUUUUGAAGGCGAAUCUGAUUCUGAUCCAGAAUCUGGUGGUAAUCAUGCCUCUAAAGGUCGUCCAACCUCUAAAGGUAGUCCAACAUCUGAAGAAGAUUCUGAACAAGUUCAGAGACUGCAAAAAAUCAGACAAAUACCAAGAAGAUUUGUAGAGUUUAGCAUGUUGCAAGAUACUGAGAUAAACUCUAAAGGGGAAGCCACUCAGUGUGCCAUGUAG